UUUAACAAUGUUUCUGUUCGUUUACAGUAUAAACGCGGAGAUUACCAACAACCGCUACUAUCCACUGUAUCACUUUGCGCCACAGCAAGGCUGGAUGAACGAUCCCAAUGGCUUCUCAGUAUUCAAGAACGUAUACCAUCUCUUCUACCAAUAUAAUCCCGUAUCAUCUUUGGAACCUGGCACAGCUCAUUGGGGUCAUGCGACGAGCAAAGAUCUCGUACACUGGAAACACCUUCCAAUUGCAAUGUAUCCAAAUAACACAUACGACAAAAAUGGAGUAUUCUCAGGUAGCGCCUUAAUAGAAGACGAUAAGAUGUAUUUAUAUUAUACUGGUCAUAUAAACCAUCCGGGAGAAACGCCUGACCAUGAGGAGCAUCAAGCUCUUGCUACAAGCACAGAUGGAGUUAAUGUGGUGAAAUAUGAAAAUAAUCCUAUACUGUAUGGUACUGGCCGCCAGCCAGAUAUCAGAGAUCCGAAAGUUUGGAAACACGGCGACACCUAUUAUAUGGUUUUAGGUAAUAAAUUUACAAAAAAUAAUACCUCGCUUGGUCGUGUACUUUUAUACUCAUCAAAAGACAAGUACAACUGGAAAGAAGUUGCUGUUAUUGGUGAGUCUGACGGAUUUCUCGGUUAUAUGUGGGAAUGCCCCGAUUUCUUCCAGCUAAACGGCCAUUUUGUAUUUUUAUGGUCUCCACAAGGAAUGGAACCUCAAGGAGACAAGUACAGAAAUCUUUACCAAACAGGCUAUAUAGUUGGAGAUUUUGAUUAUAAAACUCUUUCUUUUAAGCCUAUAACAGAAUUUCGAGAAUUGGAUCACGGACACGAUUUUUAUGCAACGCAAACCAUUCUUGAUAACAAAGGAAGAAGAAUAGUGGUGGCAUGGUUUGAUAUGUGGAAGAGAAACUACCCUGAACAGCUUGAUGGCUUUACUGGGCAGUUAACACUUCCGAGAAUUUUAACGCUAACAAAAGACCUGCGAUUGAUCCAAAGACCUGUGCCUGAAAUUAAAGUCGCUAGAACUAAAACUCUAUGUACUGGACAAGCCAAAGGUGGCACUAAGGUUACAUUGAAAGACAAGGCUGGUGAAAUCAAUAUUAGAGCACGUGUAACAAAUGAUAUGGAAUUGUUCAUUGACGGAAGAAAUACAUCAAUGCGUAUUUACUAUAGCGCGUUUUGUGGCGAAAUAUCCCUGGACCGCGGUGGUGAAGAUGGUCUUCGGCGCACAGAAUGGCGACCAAAGAAGGAGCUUAUGCUUAACAUUUAUGUCGAUGCCAGUUCCAUUGAGGUAUUCUGUGGUACUGGCGAAGUGACAAUGUCUAGUAGGUAUUUCACAGAUGGCCCGGUGAGUGUACGUCUCGGGGAUACCAGCUCUGUUUGGCAGUUCAAAGUGACCAACAUGAGAUCAACUGUACCAUUAAAUGGAUCUUAUGAAAGACAAUAA